AUGGGCUCAAACGUGUCGACCGACAAGAAACCGCUCACCGAAGUAAAACUAAAAAGCGAGGUCGGCGUCCUCUUCGACGACAAGGCGAAGCGAGCCUUCGAUGCGGCCGCGACCGAGGGCCCGGACGGAACGCGCACGGUGCCGUGGCCCACGAUAGAGGCCUACGCCAAGGAGCACGACGAACGCGCGCUCGACCCGCGGAAGUGCAUGUUUCACAACCUAAAGGCGUUUAAGGCAGCGCGGGAGCAGAUCGACGAGAUCGCGCGCGAGCACAUCAGGGGCGAUGUGAAGAAGAUCCCGUGGGUGGGCAAGAAUUUAGGAGACGAGUGUCGGCAGUACGGGCUCGACGGCGAGCCGGCCGCGUCGCUCGACGCGCUGUACGAUGUCGCCGCGCUGGCGCGCGUGCAGUUCGAGGAGAUUAUGACGGCCGCGUGCCCUGAAAGCGGUGUAAAGCUGAUGUUCGCGCCGCUGAAGGGCCGCGACCGCGCCGGCGCCAAGGCGCGAGACGAGUACAAGGACAAGACGGCGCCGUGCUACAGCUGGCUUUUUGAUAUUACGCGUGGCGCCGCGCUCUGUCAGACAGAGGACGCCAUCGUGCAGCUCUACGCGUCGCUCGAAGCGGAUGACCGCGUUGAUAUCGUGCGAACGAAGAACCGGUUCGCGCCGCCGCUCUUCAACGGCUAUCAGGAUAUUUUGAUGAACGUCGCCGUGAAAGUUGAGAACGUGUCGCACAUGUGCGAGCUGCAAAUUCAUCUCAUGCCGAUCAAAGAGUCGGAAGCGCUGCACCGGAGCCACACGGUCUACGAGUACUUUCGGUCGUUUUUCUUGGGCAAUUCAGAUGCCGUCGCGCAGCGGCUCGAGAUGCUGUGCAAGCUGCCCGUCGACGAGGCGAACGAUGUGGAUGAGUUGGUGGACCACGUGCUCGGGUCCGACGCGGACGCGAAUUUGCUCGACGGGCUCUGUGAAUUGCUCACGUCGAUCUCAGAGUACGCGGGCGUCGUGAAGGUCCGGGAAGCAAUCUUAGUGAAGAAGAUGCUCGCGUUUGGUGGGGAGAGCGAGGAGGCGGGUGAGGCGCUGUUUGAGCUUGGGGGCGCCUACAAUGGCCCCGGCGACUACGCCAAGGCACGCGACGCCUACGAACGCGCGCUCUCAAUCUACGAGCGCGAGUACGGUAGCGACAGCACGCAAGUGGCCGUCGUGCUGACGAACCUCGGGAACAUUCAUGGUGAUUUAGGCGACCACGCCAAGGCACGAGGCAUGUAUGAGCGGGCGCUCGCGAUCGAGGAGCGGGCGUGCGGCCGCGACCACACGAAAGUGGCCAGCACGCUGAUGAACCUCGGGAGCGCGUACGGCGUCUUAGGCGACUACGCUAAGCAGCGCGACAUGCAGGAGCGCGCGCUCGCGAUCGAGGAGCGGGCGUACGGCCGCGACCACACGAAAGUGGCCACCACGCUGGGGAACCUUGGGAACGCGUACGGCGCCUUAGGCGACUACGCUAAGCAGCGCGACAUGCUGGAGCGCGUGCUCGCGAUAGAGGAGCGGGCGUACGGCCGCGACCACACGAAAGUGGCCACCACGCUGGGGAACCUCGGGAUCGUGUACGGCGACUUGGACGACCCCGCGAAGCAGCAAGACAUGCAGGAGCGGGCGCUCGCGAUCUUCGAGCGGGCGUACGGCCGCGACCACCCGCAAGUGGCCGCUGUGCUGGGAAACCUCGGGAACGCGUACGGCGACUUGGGCGACCACGCGAAGAAGCGAGACGUGCUGGAACGCGCGCUCGCGAUCCAGGAGCGGGCGUACGGCCGCGACCACGCGCAAGUGGCCAUCACGCUGUUCAAUCUCGGCGUCGCUCACGGCGCCCUCGGUGAUAUGUCCAAGAAGCGUGAGCUCCUAGAACGCGUUCUUCCGAUAUGGACGCGCGCGUACGGCACCGAUCAUCCCCACACGAAGAUGUGCCAAAGGAGCCUCGCCACGCUGCCCCGCAGCACCAUGAGCAAAGAUCAAAUGCAGUCGAUAGCUAAUGGAGCUAGGCCAAAGACCGCCCGGCCCAAGACCGCCCGACCGAAGAAAGACACAAAGCCGUGGACCAAAGAGGACGUCACGAAACUGAAGAAGGCCUGCAAAGAAGUGCCGUCGACCGUCGAGAAGCAGCAGCGGUGGCGGCAGAUCAGCGGCAUCGUCGGACGGAGCAAACGGGAAUGCUACGACAAGUACAAGGAGCUCAAGGAGGCGCAGAAGACCAAAAAUGAACUCAAAAAAACGAUGACGCGCGCGUUCGAGGAGCGGUUAGCUGCAUUAGGUUUGAAGGAGCCGGCCGCCGAAGGGGGCGCCGCGCCAGCGUCUGCGCCGGCGCCGGCGCCCGCCGCGCCCGCGCCCGCGGCGUCGCCGUCGGCCGCCUGGGGCGGCGACGGCGCCGCCGAGCCCGCACCGACGCAAACACGAAUGCGACGGACGUUCUUCGGCGCCGAGGACCUCGUCAUCGACGACGGCGCCGCCGAGGACGAAGCCGCGGCGGCGCCGCCGCCGCCCGCGGACGAGCCGCCGCCGCAGUCGGGCCGCACGCGGUGCGUCGCGGCGAACGACCUCGUCCUCGACGAGUGCGGCGACGAGCUCUAG